UCUUCGCCUAAAGAGCGGAAUGUGGAACUCGCUCACAAUGGAAGGGGUCGAUGUGAAUCGUGUUGUUCUCUUGCAAGAAAAAUCUGGUUGAACAAAUGAAGGGUGUUAGGGAGCAAUGGGGCAGAACUAAUGGUCGGCGGAUUGGUCUAUUUCUGCGCUGGAAAUUCGAGAAGAGCAAGCGAGCAAAGCUAACCAGUAGGAAGUAGUGGAUUAUUCAGGUUGAAGAGCGCUCGAACUCAGUGAAUAACUGACUCCGGAGCCUUCUGAAGCUACCAAAUGCUCCAAUAUACGCGGUUACCUGCCAACGUCCGAAUUAACGACUCCACAACCCCUGGCCGCUCCCGGGACCGGGCGGAAGGUGUAAAGGGACGGACCGGAAGGGGACAACUCUGGUUUCCGUCUGAUUCCGAACAGCGGCAUCAGGAGCAACAUGGGGAGAAAGUCAUCCAAAGCCAAGGAGAAGAAGCAAAGAAGACUAGAGGAGAGAGCAGCAAUGGAUGCUGUCUGUGCAAAAGUGGAAACGGCAAACAAGAUUGAUGAUCCAUUAGCAUCUUUUCCUGCCUUCAAAAAAUAUGACAGAAAUGGAAUGAACAUAGUGAUAGAGUGCAAAAGAGUAACAGACUUGGACCCCAGCACUGUGGACUGGGCAGUGGAACUGACCAAGACCAACAUGCAGACCAUGUACGAGCAAAGUGAGUGGGGCUGGAAGGAUCGAGAGAAAAAGGAGGAGAUGACAGAUGAACGAGCGUGGUACCUGGUUGCACGGGAAGGAGACAGUGCGGUGCCCACAGCUUUCUCACAUUUCCGAUUUGAUGUGGAGUGUGGGGAGGAAGUACUGUACUGUUAUGAGGUUCAGCUGGAGAGUCGGGUGAGGAGGAAAGGGCUGGGCAAAUUCUUAAUGCAGAUUCUACAGCUUUUAGCAAACAGUACACAGAUGAAGAAAGUGAUGUUAACAGUAUUUAAGCACAACCAUGGAGCAUAUCAGUUCUUCAAAGAGGCAAUGCAGUUCGAUAUUGACGAGUCAUCUCCCAGCGUCUCCGGGUGCUGUGGAGAUGACUGCUCCUACGAGAUACUGAGCCGGAGAACCAAAUAUGGGGAGCACCCACAUCCACAUGGCAGUCCAUACUGUGGAGGAUGCUGUCAUUGAAGGAUCAACAGUGAGCCCCCACCCCUCCAAAAUUUCCCUUCCAAACAGAUUCAUAAUGCCUAUGAAAUGGAAACUGAGUGAGUGUUCAGUGUACAAGCUAUCACAGUCUUAAAUUGUUGGAGAAAACUUUGCUUGAAAGGUUUCUUUUCCAAACACACGUACUGUGAAUAACACCCAGGCUCACAUUGCCAGCCCCUGCAACUCCAUAGCUGGCCAUUUGGAGCCAAAUCACCUUGCUAUUUACUGGCCAAAUGACAGCUCCUCCUUUUUGAAUAGUAAAAGGGCUGCUCCUAUGAUGCUGCUUGGCCUGCUGUGUUCCAGCUGUACCUUGUUGUCUCAAAAGGGCUGUUUCCAACUUUUUCUUUUAAGAAACAACUUUUUUUGCAUAUUAAAAAAAAAUUGAGUCUGAGCAGAAUAUUGAACAGAAAAAUAAUGGAAUUGUGGACUUUUCUAAAGUUCAGUUUUUGAAUAAACUACAUUUCAGCAAAUUUGAGGACAUACCGUACAUUAUGUCAGUAAUAUAUUUAAUAAAACAGCAUUCUUUGAAUACUUACCAUUUUUAAUUCCCUGUACACACUUGUAGGAACUACCUAUGUAAACCUGUCACGAGGUAGUAACACCCUGCUGUCACUGGAGGUGACAUGUAUUGGAAGUAACAGCAGAAAUGUGGCAUUUAAAAUAGAGUCUAAUCUUCAGUUGGUCCAGUUAUCCCUUAUUCUCUUCACCUGAAGUCUGCAAUAGCUCCCCAUCAUCCGAUUCCUAGAUUAUGACACAAAUAGGAAUGAAUAUGUCCUUCUAGUUUUGUAUCCAGGUUCAGUACUUCUGGCACCAAAUUACAGAUUAAAUUACCAGGGACUCUGAUGAUUGUGUGUGGCCAACAAAAAGAUUUGAGUACUGCAGAUGGGUCGAAUGACUAUCUCCCACAUUUGUUCAAUCGGCUAGUGCACAUGAACCUGGAUAUCUUUUUGAAGUAUCAUUGAGCUUUUGUGUCUUUGACAUAGAGAACCAGAGACUGAGAUCCAAACGACAAUUGUCCUUACUUUGCAAGCUUUCCACUGAUUAUCUCUUCGUUUUUGAAUCCUGUUUAACUGAACUUUGCAUAUAAGGAGUUGGUCCUUGAUAUAGGACACAUCCAGACUUAAAUUAUUUGUACCAUGGGGUUGUGGGCCUUGUUUCUUUUAAAAAUAUAAUUAUUGAAUAAAUUUUUUUAACUGUU